GCGCGGGGAGCGGCCAGCCUACCCACCGAAGGUUCGAGAAAGGGGCAGCCCGGCAGCUGCCAGGGCGGCUCCCCGGGGACCCUCGGUGUCCCCAGCGCCUGGACUGCGCGUGCGCGGCCGGGGUCUCCGCACCUGAUCGCGACACCGCAGCCGCCGGCAGCUGGCGGACAUGGCGCAGCCGCGUGUGCCCGGGCGGGCCGGCGCGCUCCUGGCCCUGCUGGGCUCGCUGCUCCUCGCCGGGGCGGCGGCGGCGGCCGACGGAGACCGAAGCAUCCACGAGCUCUGCCACGUCUCGAGAGUGGUGGGGCGGUGCCGGGCCGCCUUCCCCAGGUGGUGGUACAACGUGUCCGACGGUUCCUGCCAGCAGUUUGUGUACGGAGGCUGCGAGGGCAACGGCAACAACUACCUGACCCGGGAGCAGUGUCUGCGGCAGUGCGCGGGCGUCACAGAGAAGACCCUCAACGUGGCCACCAGCAGGAGCGGAGCCGAGGCCCCUGUCCCCAGUGGUCCCAGGAGGCAGGACUUGGAUGGCCUCUCCGGCGACGUCUUCAACUACGAAGAGCACUGCGCCGCCAAGGCUGUCACCGGGCCGUGCCGCGCCGCCUUCCCGCGCUGGUACUUCAACGUGGAGACCGGCUCCUGCGAGACCUUCAUCUUCGGAGGCUGCCAGGGCAACAAGAACAGCUACCGCUCCAAGGAGGAGUGCCUGCACCGCUGCUACGGCAAGGAGUCCUACCCAGUCCUGACCCACAAUUCUAAAGUGGUGGUGCUGUCUGGGCUGCUGAUGAUGAUCCUGGUCCUCUGCCUGGGAGCCUCUGUGGUCUGCCUGGUCAGACUGGCCCGCCGGAGCCAGGAGCGCGCCGCUCAGGUCUGGACCUCCCAGGACGACAAGGAGCACCUGGUGAAGAGCACGUAUUCCCUGUGAACACCUGUCCCCAGGACGCCCGGGCGCAGCGGGGCGGCGAGACCACCACACCGCGUGGCCCGUGUCUAUAGAACAGUGGCGGAUCUGGGUCUCUGGUUCCCAUCUGCCGGGCUCCCCGGGCAGGGUGACCUCUGCCGGCUCGGACCCACCCCUCUGGCUUCAUAGUGCUAGGCUCCGGUCUCAUUGUCCCCGCUUCCAUUGACUCCCUCGGCCUCUUCCCGUCACGAAAACGAAGUUGGCAUCCUUCCCUCUGUUGACUGAUUUAUGGAAUUUUUUUUUUAAUUAACCUACGUAAUGAGGUGGUUUUUUAUUAGGUUCUGAAAAGAACACCGUAUCACGUACACGCUGAAUAAAAAGGCUCUCCUUGGUCAAA